UUCAAUUUGAUCCGUCAGCUGCUAUCAACACCGUCACUUUCAAGGUCGUUCCAUCCGUUCAAGAUCUGCUUCACCUCUAGCGCUCGUCCGGAGAUAUCUGACGAACAAAGGGAAUUUAUCCGUCGGAUACUUGGCAUACCGCUUGAGCAACGGAAGUGUAGGGACUUGAUCACCCUAGACACUCUCCAUUUGUAUUGUGGGGGUCCAGAGCCGACGGUUGAAGCUCGGAAGUUGGAAGAAUUUUCUCGUAAACAGAUGGAAGCUGCGAGGCAAAGGGUGAGGGCCGCUGCAGCCCGUAAGAAGGAGGAGGAGAAAGCUAAGGGAAAAGAAGGAGCGUCAACCCCUCAUUCCUCUUUGAAGAGUUCAGUUAAGAGGAAGGCUGACGGAAAGGACGAUCCUCCUUCUAAGAAGGUAGCCGUCAGUGCAGGGGAUGGGCCUACCAUGAAGUCGCCUCCCAAGUCCGGUCACGGUGCUGGGAAAGGAGUGAUGACCUCUUCCGGUCCCGUCACUGAGGGACCCCGUUGCUUGCUGACCCACAAGGAUUAUGCUGUUGAGGGGGUAGAAUCCCUCAUAAAACAGACGGAUCUGGACCCUUGUGCUCAGCUAGGGACGGAAGAUUUGGGCGCGUCAGCUUUCUUUGACAUAGCACGGGCCUUGGUUCGUGUAAAGGCACUUCAAGAUCGGUGCAUGGCCAAAGAAGGCGUCGUUUCUCGGGUUAGGAGGCUUAACGCCAAUCUGAUGGAUCAGCAAGCGCAAUAUAAGGAGGCCGUCCGUCUCUUAAACACAGAGCUGAAGGAUGUAAAGGAGAAGUUGGGAGAGGCUGAGGGUCAGCAAAAGAAGCUUGAGGAGGAGAUUCCAUCCUUACGUGCACAAGUAGAGACGGCUGGGGCUGACGCGGUCGAAAAAUUCAAGACAACCCAGUCUUUUAUUGAUUCCUGCGCUGAUUAUUAUGGCACUGGUUUCGACGAUUGUCUGAAACAGGUGGCGUCAGCCUAUCCAGAGUUGGAUCUAUCCGGAAUUACCAUGGAUGCUUCCGUGCCGAUGACUCCUGCUCGUGAAACUGUUGCUGACAAAGGUGACGGACCCCUUAAUUUGGACUCUUUGCUUAAUGACGUCGGAGUUAUUUUGGCCCAGCCAGCCGUCACUAUCCCUGCCGAGUCUUCAGAUGCGGCACAAAUUGCCAAGGAUAGAGCUGACGGGGUCUCCAAGGAUGCUCCUGCCACUUAACCCUAGCCUUUCUAUUGUAAUUUUUGAACAAUGUUUUUAAAUGCCCUUUUGUUUAUUGGGCUCUUUUACUUGUAACUCUAUCUGCCC